GAUGCGCUUGUGAGGCACAGUGGGCAGUAACUAAGAAGGGAAGAGGCGUUCUCCCCCGAUCACCGCCGUCUUCCCCUGAUCACCACUGUCUCUCUCACUCUCUCUGACGACAAUGAAAUUCCAAAUCGAAGAUGUGACGGUGUACUUCCCCUACGACAACAUCUACCCUGAGCAGUACUCCUACAUGGUGGAGCUGAAACGUGCUCUAGAUGCCAAAGGCCACGCCCUCCUCGAAAUGCCCACCGGCACCGGCAAGACCAUCGCCCUCCUCUCCCUCAUCACUAGCUAUGCCCUAUCCAAACCCUCCAACCCCAUCAAGCUCCUUUAUUGCACCCGCACCGUCCACGAGAUGGAGAAAACCCUAGCCGAGCUCCGUCUCCUCCACCAGUACCAGCUCCGCCACCUCGGCCCCGCCGCAAGAAUCCUCGCCCUUGGCCUCUCCUCCCGCAAGAAUCUGUGCAUCAAUCCAGCGGUUGUUUCCGCUGAGAAUCGCGAUUCCGUCGACGCCGGAUGCCGGAAGCUCACUGCCAGUUGGGUCCGGGCACUCGCCGUUGAGAAUCCUAACAUACCGACGUGUCAGUUCUUUGAAAACUACGAGAAAGCUGCGUCGGAAGCGGUUUUGCCGCCGGGGGUGUACACUUUGCAGAAUUUACGGGCGUUUGGGAGGGAUAAGGGGUGGUGCCCGUACUUUUUAGCACGGCACAUGGUGCAAUUUGCAAAUGUGGUCGUUUAUAGUUAUCAGUACUUGCUUGAUCCCAAGGUGGCUGGGAUUAUAUCAAAGGAGAUGCAGAGGGAGUCUGUGGUGGUGUUUGAUGAGGCACAUAAUAUCGAUAAUGUGUGUAUUGAGGCGCUUAGUGUUAGUGUGAGGAGGCAGACCCUUGAAGGGGCUACAAGGAAUCUCAGUAAAAUGGCUCAGGAGAUUAAUAGGUUCAAGGCCACUGAUGCGGGUAGAUUGAGAGCAGAAUACAACAGGCUUGUUGAGGGUUUGGCCCAGAGGGGAAACUUACCUAUUUCAGACACCUGGCUUGCGAAUCCUGCUUUGCCUGAUGAUAUUCUGAAGGAGGCCGUGCCAGGAAAUAUUCGGCGAGCAGAGCAUUUCUUGUCUGUUUUACGUAGAUUGGUUCAGUAUCUCCAUGGUCGGCUGGAAACUGAGAAUGUUGAGAAGGAAGGACCUGUUGCCUUUGUUGCCUCGAUUAAUUCCCAGGCUGGAAUUGAUCAGAAAAUGUUGAAGUUUUGUUAUGAUCGUCUUCACUCCCUCAUGCUGACCCUAGAAAUUACUGACACGGAUGAGUUUUUACAUAUCCAAACAAUAUGUGACUUUGCUACACUUGUGGGAACAUACACUAGGGGAUUUUCAAUCAUCAUUGAACCAUUUGAUGAAAGGAUGCCACAUAUUCCUGAUCCUGUACUGCAGCUUAGCUGUCAUGAUGCUUCUCUUGCCAUAAAGCCUGUAUUUGAACGAUUUCAAUCAGUUGUGAUUACAUCUGGAACUCUAAGCCCCAUUGAUCUCUAUCCUCGCCUUCUUAAUUUCAACCCUGUUGUCAGUCGGAGUUUUACGAUGUCCUUGACAAGGAACUGCAUAUGCCCAAUGGUUCUCACUCGUGGGAGUGACCAGCUUCCUGUGAGUACAAAAUUUGAUAUGAGAAGUGAUCCUGGUGUUGUAAGGAAUUAUGGGAGGCUCCUGCUGGAGAUGGUGUCUGUUGUUCCUGAUGGGAUUGUAUGUUUUUUUGUCAGUUAUUCUUAUAUGGAUGGAAUUGUCAAUACUUGGAAUGAAAGUGGAAUUUUAAAGGAAAUAAUGCAACAUAAGCUUGUCUUUAUUGAGACUCAGGAUGUGGUGGAAACUACAUUAGCUCUAGACAAUUAUCGCAGAGCUUGUGACUGUGGGAGAGGUGCUGUCUUUUUCUCUGUUGCAAGGGGGAAAGUAGCUGAAGGUAUUGAUUUUGAUCGACAUUAUGGAAGAUUAGUGAUCAUGUUUGGUGUUCCUUUCCAAUACACAUUAAGCAGAAUAUUGCUUGCACGGUUGGAAUAUUUACGUGAGACAUUCCAGAUAAAGGAAGGCGAUUUUCUGACUUUUGAUGCAUUGAGGCAAGCUGCACAAUGUGUGGGCCGAGUAAUCCGUUCAAAGGCAGAUUAUGGGAUGAUGAUUUUCGCUGACAAAAGGUAUAGUCGUCAUGAUAAACGCUCUAAAUUGCCUGGGUGGAUUCUGUCACAUUUACGUGAUGCACACCUGAAUUUGAGCACUGACAUGGCUUUGCAUAUUGCACGAGAGUUUCUCCGCAAGAUGGCUCAACCAUAUGAUAAGGCAGGUGUGAGCGGUAGGAAAACCCUCUUGUCAGAAGAAGAUUUGGAGAAGAUGGGGGAUGGCACUACGAACGAAAUGUUGUUUUGAGACCUUAAAUUCUGCCACACUGCAAAUUUUCAAUCCCGUGGGCGUCUCCAUUUUCACUUUCUAGUUUUCUCCUCACAGGAUGUAGUUUUCUGCUGCAAGGAGGACCCAUUCCUGCCAUUAUCAAUGGGAUUCCCAGGAGGGUGCCCUUGAAUAGGAUCUUGAUUGUACUUGCAGGGAUUUUAACCUCUUUUUAUUUUUUCCCCUGAACAAAUUUUAGGUGGAAGCCCAAAUUUUUGAGCUUGUAAUUUUUUUGUAGGGUGGGAUGCCCUCAUUGGCAUGUAGCUUUUUUGCAUCCAUUUUUCA